CUACCACCAGAUAUUCCAUCAAGGGCAUUAAUACCAUCUCGAUGUUUCACAAACUCUCAGAGUCAGCCAUGUGGCGUUCGGCAAUCUAUGUUUCGUCUCUGACCAAUGGCAAGCCGGCUGUUUAUCGUCGCAUAUCCACUCACUCACUCGAGGCCGCCACGCCGAAGUCAUCGUGCGUCUGACAAAUAGAUGUCACGUGCCGAAAUGCCGUUUACGUAUUUGAUCGCAUGCUCGAUGUCGUAGCUGGUCAUCAAACCUGGGAGCGAAACACCAAUAAUUUCACCAUGGACACCCUCGACCUGGUCAUUAUUAAUGGUAUUUGUGUGACAGCGUCCGACAUUGCACCUUAUGAUGUAGGAAUAAAGGGUGAACGAAUAGCGAUUCUCGCUCCAUCAGGGGCUCUUGCGGAUGCGAAAGCUGCGAGACGUAUUGAUGCUGAAGGUGGUUACGUCAUGCCAGGUGGUAUAGACUGUCAUGUGCAUCUCCAGGAGCCAAGUAUGUUUGGGAAGGGCUCAUCGGCUGAUACCUAUGAGACCGGGACAAGAUCCGCUGUUGCAGGAGGAAAUACUACCAUUGUCUCCUUUGCGCCACAGCAAUCGCACGUUGAGUCCGUCAUUGAAGCCAUACGCACGACUCAUCAGCUUGCCAAGGGCAACUGCUACUGUGACUAUGGCUUUCAUGCGCUCGUUGCCAACCCGAGUCCCACAGCAUUAUCAGAAUUCCAAAGUCUGGUAGAAACCGAAGGCAUCACCUCCCUUAAGAUAUACAUGACAUAUGCAGCUCUGCAGUUGCGAGAUGAUCAAAUUUUAUCAGUUUUGCUGAUGGCCCGCCAGAACAAGAUCCUUACAAUGAUCCAUGCCGAGAAUGGCGAUGUGCUAGACUGGCUCACCACUGAACUGGUGGCUAGGAAGCUAUAUGCUCCCAAGUAUCAUGCUAACUCCCGUCCCCCAAUUCUCGAGUCAGAAGCUACGAAUCGAGCAAUUGCACUAUCAUCGCUAAUCAAUCAUACUCCAAUUCUUCUGGUGCAUGUAUCUGAUCAAGAGGCCGCGAAACGAAUACGCAAGGCACAGAGCUGUGGGCAACCGAUUUUCGCCGAAACCUGUCCUCAAUAUCUGUUCCUCACCCGAAAUGCUCUCGACAAAUUUGGAUUCGAAGGUGCAAAACAUGUUUGCUCCCCUCCUCCGAGGACUAUUGCAGACCAGGAUAGGAUGUGGACUGGCCUUCACAAUGGCACAUUCUCGUUGCUAAGCUCAGAUCAUUGUCCUUUCCGCUUCGAUGAUGCGAUCACAGGCAAGAAGUCUUGUGUUACUGAAGAUUUUCCUGUUGGAAGAUUCAGUCACAUUCCAAAUGGACUGCCUGGCAUAGAGACUCGCUUACCUCUUGCGUUAUCAUUGAAUGCUGCUGGUAAACCCAAGAUUGCUUUGACAAAGUUUGUCGAGGUUACGAGCACGAAUGCUGCAAAGCUUUAUGGACUAUAUCCUCGAAAAGGAAGCAUGCUCCCAGGUAUCUCAGAUGCUGACUUAGUGAUCUGGUAUCCCGAUGGCCAUAUCCACGGUACAAAGAUCACAAAUGACAUACUACAUCACGAUGUUGACUACACACCAUAUGAGGGUCACAUAGUCCACAAUUGGCCACGUUAUACGAUCCUAAGGGGCAAGGUUGUCUGGGAUCGUGAUAACGGCGGCAUUGUUGGUGAGAAAGGCUUCGGGAUGUUUCUGAGAAGGGAGGUCAGUUCUAUGCCCGGAGUCUGGGAUACUGUGGAAAUCAGCUCAGACUUUGACGUCGAGCAAUUGUAACACGUGAAGGCCCCGAUCUUUAAUUCGUCUGUAUUCCUUUCCCUAAACCAUACGCCACAUGACUCGGGUGAUCAAUUUUUAUAUUACUCGCACUGCCUCGUCACGAUAUGAGAACCGACUGCUGCUGCUGCGUUAAAGUUGCACAGUAGUGAUCAGACUACGCUAGA